GGUGAUUUUUUUGGGGUGGGGGAAGAUUUCGGACUGCCCUGUCAUUUCCUUGAGCUCAAUUAUCCCUAGGAAGUCCCCCCCUCCCUUUCCCACCGCCUCUCCAAAGAUUAACUUUUGGGUUAUUGUUGUUUGGCAGGUACUUUUAAUUGGCUGGAAAAUAUUCUUCCUGUGAAGUUGCAGUUUUCUGGGGCUUGAAUGAGUCCAGUCUGCCAUUGGCUCUGCCCAGCGCCUCCCGAUUGGCUCGGCAGCCCGCGGGGGGACCGAUAAGGGCGGCUAUAAAAGCCCUCGGCACUGCUCCUGGUCCCCCAGCGAGCAGGAGCCAGAGGGGCCAGGCAGAGCCGGGCUGCAGCACGUCCCUGAGCCUCGGCGGACUCCUUUCUCUCUCCCUGGGAGCGCGUAUCCAGAUCCACAUCUUUGCUCAAGCCGAAGUGGAAGAGGAGAGAGAGAGAGACACACACACACACACACACACACAUACACCCAAAAAAAAAAAAAACCAACCCACCCAAAAAACCACACUUAGCGGAAACUUGUCAGAGAAUGCUACUAAAGUCUGGUUUUCUCCUGCUGCUGGUGAUCAGUGCAUCUGCAUCCUAUGAAGCUGAACAGAAUGAUUCUGUGAGCCCCAGGAAACCCAGGGUUGCAGCCCAGAACUCAGCCGAGGUGGUUCGCUGUCUGAACAGUGCCCUCCAGGUGGGCUGCGGGGCCUUCGCCUGUCUGGAGAACUCCACGUGCGACACGGAUGGCAUGUACGACAUCUGCAAGUCCUUCCUGUACAGUGCUGCUAAAUUUGACACUCAGGGAAAAGCUUUUGUGAAAGAAAGCUUGAAAUGCAUUGCAAAUGGGGUUACGUCCAAGGUGUUCCUUGCCAUCCGGAGGUGCUCCACAUUCCAAAGAAUGAUCUCCGAAGUGCAAGAGGAGUGCUACAGCAAACUGGACAUGUGCGGCAUUGCGAAACGAAAUCCUGAAGCCAUCACGGAGGUCGUCCAGCUUCCAAAUCAGUUCUCAAACCGGUAUUACAACAAGCUGGUGAGAAGCUUGUUGGAGUGCGAUGAAGAGACUGUCAGCACCAUCAAGGACAGCUUGAUGGAGAAGAUCGGGCCCAACAUGGCAAGCCUCUUCCACCUGCUGCAGACAGAUCACUGCGCCCAAGGCCACCCGCGCACGGACUUCACCAGGAGACGUAUCACUGAGCCGCAGAAGCUAAAACUCUACUUCAGGAACCUCCGAGGUGAGGGGUCCGUCCCGGCCCACACAAAGCGCAGCUCCGCCGAAAGCGCGUAACGCCUCAGGGGAGCAACAAUGGGUGUGUAAGGGAUGCUAAGCACUACCAAAGCUGAAGUCUCUCUUCUAGAAGAGUAAUGCACCCAAACCAAGUGUACUGUAGCUAGUUUUAAUAACAACUAGGAACUGGUUUUAGAUUUAGUCAUUAAUAUUUUCUAUUCCUCUCGAACAAAACUUUUGCAUGGAUCUGUGUUAAGUGUCUCAGCUUUCCCGCCGUCAAAAUGUCUCCAUCUCUUUUCUUCCCCACAAAAAACAUAUCCCAAACAAUCUUAGUCUUAAAUAUAACCGUACAGUAGUCAGGCCUUCAGACACCAAACUCUAAAUGUACUGUAGCGCUAACACCAUUGAAGUCUGAAGAUUUGGCACCGAGGAGAAUAGUUUAUUCUCUCUUGUAGUAAGCUGGUAGGCGACGAUAGAUGCACUAAUAACUAUUGCACAUCCUAAAGAUGUCAAUGGAAUUCGUGUUAUGAAUCUGUGCUGGCCAUGGACGAAUAUGAAUGUCAUAUUCCUGGUCUCUUAGUGUCAUACAGUCCUAAUCCUUCCAAUACAGCUCCGUUAACCCGUUGAUUUACCAAACUCGCUAGCUGUGGAUGAUUCUAGUUACCGUGACCUGGCACCACAGUGCAAAAUGAGUUAAAACUCCCCCCCUCCCCGACACACACCAAAUCAGGAAAGGAACAUUUUGUACUACGGAAAUGAUUAAAAGAGGUGCCAGUCUAUGGUUGAAGCUAGUCAGAAGGUUACAUAAUCUUGCAUUGUAUUUAAAAGCUAACAUCUAUGUACUGUAUUUAACUGUCUAAAGCUUUAAAAGAAAUCUAACAAAAACAAACCCUGUCUUAAGACUAGAGUAUUAAAGGUCUUGCUCUAACUGUGGUAUAAAUAGUUUUAAAAUCUGUCAUGUACUGUACAUAAAUUCCACGAGAGUCUGCUUAAAAGGAGCAGAAUAUAAUAACUUUAUUGCAUAAACUUAGUUUUGUAAGUUAGCUAUUUCUUUUUUCCUGGAAACAGUAUCUCUGUCAUAUUCAAGAGUUCACAUUCUACUCUGUGGCCUUCUUAUAAUGGAAGAGAGAAGAUGUUUAGGACAGAAAUUACCGGGCCAGAAACAAGCCUCUCUUCUCAGUUAAAACGGGGGAGGGGGGGGAAGAGUUCAGACUGGCCAGUCCUAUCUCCACAGAGCUGCUGUGAGAUGUAGUUAUACCCAAGGCACCAGUGCCGCUGGAGAGCUAUUUGGGGAAUUAUCAGAUGGCUGACAAAAAGCUGCUUUGGGAUCUCAUAGCUGCCGCAGGGUAAAACUUCCUUUAGAAAGUUGAUUUCUGGGGAAAGGCAGGGAAAAUCCUUAAAUUCUCUUAAGCUUCGGAAGUAAAGCGGUGUGCCUGCCUUUAAGAGGACGCAUGCAUUAAUGCUCUCAGACCUGCCUUUCCUCCCAUCCACCUCUUCGGCAGCCUCUGCGAACAGGAGCGGAGCAGCCGGUCCUGCAGCAGUAGCUGGGGGCCUCCCCCAAACGCCGCUCUCUGCACAGUAGUCUGGCCGGGCUUCGGUGAGCCAAAAAAAGCCACAUCGUGGCAUGCGAUCAACAAGGCCGGUUCCACGCUCCAAAUCUACCCCGUUAGAGUCCGUCUGCAGAGUGGAUGACUCUUGCUCAACUAGUUAGAGAGCUAAUAAAGGAGGGAUCUAUUUUUCUUUUCAAAAUCUAAAGCAAUAUAACUUUUUUUUUUAAACCACAAAGCCUUUAAACAAUAACUUGCUGCUAAUAUAUUGAAACCAGAUGCAGUGGCAGCAUUUCUAAUAUUGCUGUCUUCAUUAAAUGUAGCCCAAAAGUGCUGUCAUAAAAUUGUAAGCAGCAAAAAAUGUUGCUGACGGUAGAGGGUUGUUGUUUUGGUUUUUUUUUUAAUACUCUGAAUCGUGCCGUCCAGGGCAAGCAAGAUGCAAUAUUGCUCGUUCUUAAAUCACAGUCAGGUAUAUAGAGUCCAACACAAAGAAGUUUUGCAAGGUGAAAACCAAAGGCCCCUUGAAUAUCCUGACCCUAAAAGUUUGACUUAUGCUUAGGAACUGAUCCCAGAACUGUGCACGUGCAACUCCACCCUACAGCAUUACACCUCACGCUGCACCAUUAGGAGACAGGGAUUACUAAAUAGGGAAGUCUGCUGGGGUUUGUGCAUCAAGUGCAUAUUGCUGUUUGGGGAAAUUGUUACGAAAAGGUCUUUACCCGGCGCGAGGCAGUGCCCAACCAACCGCCUGGAUGGCUGCACUGGUGCUACGGAGCCCAGCUCUGGGCUGUGCGAAGCAGCUCCCGUUUUGGGUACCCAAGGCCUCCGUGGGCUCGCACCAGCAGAGCUCACUGAGGACAUCUAGCAGCCACGAUUUUCCAUGGAGAUGCUCCUCACGGCAAGUGGCUUCUCUGUUGCUUUGUGCAUCCAUUUCCAUGAAAACCCAAAGAAGGUUUGUCAACUUGACUGGGGGCCAGGGAGGAGGGUUAGAUUGCCCCAAACCCUAUCUUUUUGGGUUGUCAUAAUUCACUUUCUUUUUCCAGUAGGAAUUUAAACUUGUUGUCCCCUGAAUAUGGGUGGGAAGAUGACCGGGAAAAUAAUUCCCCCCGAUUCGAUUUGCUGUGGUAUCACAGGUAGACAUCACCUGUGCAAACCAAAGCUCUGCCUCUCCGCACUGGCACUGCUGUUGGGCACUCACUGGAUGGCCCGUGUCAGAGAGAGCCUCAACUACGUCACCAGAUUUUUGAGCUGCUUUAAUACGUCACUUUUUUUUUCCUAUGCUGAAGUAGCAAGGAAGCCGCAAGCACACAUCCGUCAAAUCAAAAGGCCUGGGGUUCACCUUGCCUAACUUUUACCAUCUAGCCUAAGCUGGUCAUUUAAAGCUCUCUCUUAUCAGGGGAGAGGGACAGGGAGGUGGGAGAGGCGCUUCCCGUCGACUGGGAAGGAUGCCUGAUUUUAGAUGGUUUGAAUUUGGUGAGAGAGAUCCCCCUGGGGAUGGGGAAUGAUUCUCAAUAUUAAGUCCAGCUAUUUCACAUUUUAUUUAAUCUCUAAUGCUUUAUUUUUUUAAUCUUGCGUUCAUUGCAAAAUGAUUUCUCUUGGGGGCGGGGAGGGGCUUAUCUAGAAAUGUUUGCAUGAUUCUCAUUGUGAUUUGUUUGCACUUUAGAUGUUUUGUGCCAUUAUAAAUUUGCAUUAUGUAUUUAUAAUUUAAAGAUACUUAGAAGGGGGAGAGAGUUUGGGGUUUUUGUUUUUUUGCUGAGUACUGGAAUAAACAGUGAGCAUAUCUGGUAUAUGUCAUUAUUUAUUGUUUAAAUUACAUUUUUAAAGCUCAGUGUGUUCAUAUAAAGGUUAUUUGAAACAUAUCAUAGUAAUGAGAAAGAUGCAAGUUAUUUUCUUUGCUUAUUUUUAUAAUUAAAGAUGCAUAACAUAAUGAGGCCUAUGUUGGAUUUUCUUCUGCAAUGAAAUAAAAUGUCAAAUUUAA